AUUCACUUCACGGAAAUUACGUAAUAUGUCAUAUUUAGUCAUAAAGUCACCACAUAACAAAUUUCAUGGCUCUUACUACCUCUUUAUAUAAGUAUACAAGUUUCUCAUCAAUCUAACUCCUUAAACCAUCUUUCACUUUCUUCCUUCUAAAAAAUUCUCUCGCGGGAUUUCUAUGGAUCCCCAUUUAGUCAUCACUGCCGCCUCCAGCGCAUUCCGGUGGCCGUCGAGUCGCCGAAAGAUCUAUCUCCGUCGUCGUAAACCACAAGUUGUGCGUCUCGGCGGGAAAAACAGUACGCCACGUGGUAGUUUCUCGCUCAAGAAGGUGGUGACGAGGAUGAGACUCAAGUGGCUGAGACUGUACUACGUGAGGCUCGUGAAGAAGAUCAAAGCGUAUUAUCGUACUAUAGUGAAAGAGUUCGAGGAAGCCGGAGCCGCCACCAUCCAGCAGCGCAUGACGGUGGAAACGGCUGCUUUUGCCGCUCCUGGCUUAGGCUUAUCUUUCUGUCCCAUGUCCGGCUACGUCGACCAACCUCGUUUUUUUCUUGUAUAACUAAAUUAUCUCACUUUUGAGUAUCAAAUUAAUUACCUUCAUAAUUUUGGGGGUGUUUUAAAUAUCCGUCUAAACUAUAUAUUUCAAUUUCUUUCUGUCUAAAAUUAUAUGUAAAAAUUUAAUUUGCGUAUAACAAUUCUGUCACAAAAAUGUCAAAAACUUCUUUAUUAAAAAGAUGUCAUGAACUAUAUAUGAAACAGUAUGAAAGAAACAAGAUAUGAAAAACAAAGGGAACUUUGAAUUGUUGGACCAUGAGAAAAACUUGGUCCGUAAGAUUCUUGUCGGCUAAAAGAUAUUGCUGUUCAUAUUUUUAUGUGUUGACUUACAUGAUAUGCAGGUACUUCAUAUUUGUGCGGUAGCUAGAUGUUUUGUUCUCCCUAACUUCAAAGAAA